CCCGGUAUAUAUUUUUUAUAAACAUAACCUAACUUUUUAUGUCAAAAUAAACAUAACCUAGCUUUGUAUGUUCAAGAAACGUGUUUCAGUGUUUUCUUUUGAAAUAUCACGAAUAUUUGAUGAAGUGAAAGUGUCUUGUGUGUUUUUUUUCCCAAAUAUUUGAUUUUUUCAGUUAGGUCAAGAAAUGAAAAUGCCCCUUGACUCAAAUAACUUCAGAGAAAUUGUGGUCUCUGCCCCCGAUUCAGAGUAUCUGUUUGUCAGCAUGCAAAAUCUCGAAAGCGAAAAAUCUGUAAUUACUGCAGUGAAUAAUCUGUUAGCAAAUGGGAAAACACGUCUCAAGGGGUUGCAACUCCUGAAGGAUUUAAUUCUGCACUGUUCUCACGAAGUCUUCGUGGAAAAUGCCCUACAGUGGGCGAGCCAUUGCACGGUUCACCAUGUGGAAGAUGGGAGUAAAGAAAUUAAAUUAAACACUUUAGCCAAAAUUAUUGAGAAUUCGGGCGAAAUCGACGCUUUCAACAAAAAAUUCUCCUCCGAGUACCUUUCUACAACACUGAAAGCUUGUCUGGUGACCCACAACAACGAUGAAAAAUUAUCUUGUUUAAAAUGCUUGUCUCAAUGCAUGAAACGGUACCCCACGUGGUUUGGGAACCACAAACAAAAAAUCGAAGCUUUCUUAAUCGAAACUUUGGACAGUUCGUGUGAAGUGGCCGAAAUUGCUGCCACAGCUUUUGUGUAUUUUCUCCAAACUGGAGGUGCAGGAGUUAACGGAAUUAAUCACGUUAAUAAUUUCGAGUCCCAAUUUCGAAAAAUCUGUGCCACGAUUCAAAUUUUGUAUGAUAUGUUUCUCGAAGGUGUAUCUGAAAUUAACAACACCAUGAAAAUUGAUGGUGAAAGUUUCAAAUUUAAGGAACUUUCCGACUCGAAUAAAAUUUUCGAAGUCACUGGGACUAGAAUUUUAAAUUGUUUGGUUUUUCUUGAAACGAUGCUGGCUAAACAAUACACUGUUGAAAAGCGAAUAGUUCCAAAAUUCGUCGUUGAUAUCAUUUGUAGAGGCCUCUCGGUGCAUUUAUGUUUUACAAAAGAGAUUAUCACAGAGGAAGAUAUAAAAAAAUCAAUUUUAUUACGAAAUAUCCAGAUGCGAUUACUCAAACUCCUUCGCAUUUUCACCAUGGGGUUUCAGCCAAAUUUGUUGCCAUUUGCCUACGAACUAAAGAAAAGUUUGGCAAACACUGCGAAGCGCAAUUGCAAUUGUUUCAUUGAGUCAUCUUUCAAAACUCAGUUUUAUAAAACAUUGCAAAUUUGGUUAAUGAUGAGUAAAAAUGUGAAUGAGACUUAUUUGGAGGAGGCUGUAGUGACAAUGGCCAUUAAAGACAUUUCUCCAGUUCGAAAAAAUGUCUUACUUAAUUUGGAUGUGUCAAAAACUAAGUCAAAGGAGGUGAAAAAUAAACAGGUUUUGGCAAAUAGAGGAAAUGACUGUAUUAGUGCACUAGAAACGUUAAAAUGUUUACUGAAAGGGAGUUGUUUGACAUACAAUCAGACCCUACUACAGGAAAUCGUCUUCACUCUUGUGCGAAUUGUCGGUGAUCUGCAAAUUAGUAAAGUGGUUCUUCCAUAUGUUGACCCCAAAUGUCAAGUCAAGUUGUAUGAGGUUUUAAUUGCAAUUUUCUCGCAAGAGAAUGUCAGUUCCUUGCCUUCAUUACAUUCAUUGGUCAUGAUUUUUACCAAUGGAGCAAAGAGUUCCAAUCAUGGGAUAUGGCAAAUGUCAAUGGAAGGAUUAGACUUGUUGGAAAAAAUUAGUCAACCUGUUUGUGCUUCAUUGUAUGUUUCUGAGUCUAAAUCGGAUCAGCAAGUCGGUUCUUCUGAUUUGCUUAGUUUAGAAAUGGAUGUAGAAGUGGAGGAUAAUAAUGUUGAUUCUAAAGUGUCUCCAGAGAAUCAUGAAAGUGACACUGAAAAGAAAAUUCAUAUUAUAAGUGAUAUUGUGAUUUCUCAACCAAAAGUUGUUCAGGAAAUGGAAGUUGUUGAAAAUAAUAGUGUUGUUGAAGAAGUAGCGAAUUCGGUGUCGUCAUCUAAUGACUUAGUAAUGGAAGAAAAGCCAAAAAAAAUCUCCAUAGAAGUCAAGGAUGACAACGAUGAUAAUUUAGAAGAUAUGUUUCAUUCUUUUCAUGACGUAGUCCAGGAAUAAAUUUUAGUUUCCAUUUC